AUGGAGAGCGACAAUGGAUCUACAUCCCAAAUCACUGUAGGAGAAGCUUUGAUCCGAACAAAGACUGAGACGCCGCCAAAAGGGUCUGGGGCAAAACGAGUAGGCUUUCUUCGAACCCUGUUUAAGAAACUCGGGUUGAACAAGAAAACUCCGCAAGGGAAGAUAAUCUUACCUGAACGCACUGACUUUGAGGUUGAGGUCGAGGAUGUUAGCUUUCCCGCUGUUAAUUUGUUUGAUGAUCCCAGCGAAUCCUUUGUAAGAUCAGAUGGUACACCAUUAGUGCGCGCAAGAUCGGUGCCAACGACGAAUUAUCAUCGCACUCAGGUUCUAUGGGACAAUGAGAGCACAAUUUAUUCGUUCCAGUGGAAGCCUCGCAAGGUGAAAACCAUUGGGGAUAUUCAAAACCCAGAAAUCGAAGACCGUAUGCAGCAUCUCAUAAUGCGUUGCGCCAUGGAUGGUUAUGAAGUAACCCCCCAGGAGGCUUAUGACGUGCUACUAUUAGUAGAAGGGGCUGUUGACGAGGCUGUUGAAUACAUGAAGGUGUUAAGAGAUUUUGAUGGCUAG